GAACAUUAUAUGCAACUCAUUAAAUCUCAACAACAACAAAAAAUGAACUUGACAAAAUAUUUAUUUCCUAAUUUCAAUAUUCCAAAAAUGUGGGUGGUCUUUCUUCUUACUUGGGGUUUGAUCAUGGGGACUCGAUCUGGGGCAAUGACAUCUCAACUUCAAAUGGAAGCAGAUGUUAUACAAAAUAAUGGAUGGUGGUACACUUAUGGUGGAGGCUUCAAUAUAUCCAAUCGUUGCAAUUGGCCUGCCAUAUCUUGCAACAAGGUUGGAAGUAUAAAAGCAAUCAACAUAUCAUUUGCAUUGACAUGGCAGACUCAAUUUUCAACACUCAACAUAUCUGUUUUUCAUAAUUUAGAAAGUAUUGUUUUCGCGUCAAUUGAAUUACAAGGGACUAUCCCAAAAGAAAUUGGUCUUCUCUCCAAGCUCACUCAUCUCGAUUUGUCCAAUAAUUUUCUUGGCGGUGAGUUACCUCCUUCACUGGGAAAUCUCUCCAAGCUCAUUCAUCUCGAUUUGUCCAAUAAUCGUCUUGGCGGUGAGGUACCUCCUUCACUGGGAAAUCUCUCCAACCUCACUCAUCUCGAUUUGUCCAAUAAUUUUCUUGGCGGUGAGAUACCUCCUUCAAUAGGAAAUCUUAAACAAUUAGAGUACCUACACAUCUCAGAAACCUACAUUCAAGGUUCCAUUCCACUUGAAUUAGGGUUCCUGAAAAAUCUCACUAGAUUAGAUUUAUCUAAGAAUAGAAUCAAAGGUGAGAUACCUCCUUCCCUAGGAAACCUCAAAAAAUUAGAGUACCUAGACAUCUCUUAUAAUAACAUUCAAGGAUCCAUUCCUCACGAGUUGGGGAUCAUUAAGAAUCUGGUUGGUUUAUAUCUAUCCGACAAUAGGCUGAAUGGAAGUUUGCCUACUUCCAUUACAAAUCUUACACAGUUAGAAGAACUUGACAUAUCUGACAAUUUUCUUACUGGUUCUCUCCCAUAUAACUUCCAUCAAUUAACCAAAUUGCAUGUGCUUCUAUUAAGUAACAACUCCAUUGGUGGGACCUUUCCAAUUUCUUUAACAAAUCUCUCUCAGUUACAAGUCCUUGACAUAUCUGACAAUUUUCUUACUGGUUCUCUCCCAUAUAACUUCCAUCAAUUAACCAAAUUGCAUGUGCUUCUAUUAAGUAACAACUCCAUUGGUGGGACCUUUCCAAUUUCUUUAACAAAUCUCUCUCAGUUACAAGCCCUUGACAUUUCCGACAAUUUACUCCUUGGUACCCUUCCUUCUAAAAUGGCCCUUUCUUCUACUAAAAUGGCCCUUUCUUCUAAACAAUUUUUAUGGCCAUAUUAUUAUGAUGAAAAUUUCGUUGACCUCAGUUACAACCUCAUUGGUGGUGAAAUCCCUUCUCAACUUAGAUAUCUUUCGAUCCUUAAUUUAAGGAAUAAUAAUCUUACAGGAGUGUUUCCCCAAUCUCUUUGUAAUGUCAAUUAUGUGGACAUUUCCUUCAAUCAUUUAAAGGGUCCUCUUCCAAACUGUAUUCAUAAUGGUUAUAACACAAUAAUAUGGAACGACGAUCCAUAUAUCAACAACAGAAGUAAUAAUAUAAACUAUGAUGUUGUCAUUGUUCUUCCUAUCCUUUUGAUUCUGAUCUUAGCCUUCUCACUUCUAAUAUGCUUCAAACUUCGUCAAAAUUCUACUAAGAUCAAGCUUGCAAACACAACAAUAUCAACAAAGAAUGGGGAUUUGUUUUGUAUAUGGAAUUUUGAUGGAAAAAUAGCACACGAUGACAUCAUUAAAGCAACAGAAGACUUUGACAUUAGAUAUUGUAUUGGAACAGGAGCAUAUGGAAGUGUUUACAAGGCACAAUUACCAUGUGGAAAAGUUGUUGCAAUAAAGAAACUUCACGGCUAUGAAGCAGAGGUUCCAUCUUUUGAUGAGAGUUUCAGAAAUGAAGUGAGAAUAUUAUCAGAUAUAAAGCACCGGCAUAUCGUGAAGCUUUAUGGAUUCUGUCUCCACAGAAGAAUCAUGUUUUUGAUCUACGAGUACAUGGAGAAAGGUAGCUUGUUCUCUGUCUUGUAUGAUGAAGGUGAAGCCGUGGAAUUCAAUUGGAGAAAAAGGGUUAAUGUUAUUAAAGGUGUUGCAUUUGGUCUAUCAUAUCUUCAUCAUGAUUGCACCCCUGCCAUUGUGCAUAGAGAUGUAUCUACGGGCAAUAUCUUGCUAAACUCUGAGUGGAAGCCUAGUGUUUCUGACUUUGGCACAUCUCGACUCCUUCAAUAUGAUUCAUCGAAUCGAACUAUAGUUGUUGGAACAAUUGGAUAUAUAGCUCCAGAACUUGCAUACACCAUGGUUGUGAGUGAAAAGUGCGAUGUAUAUAGUUUUGGAGUUGUGGCACUUGAAACUUUAAUGGGAAGACACCCUGGUGAUAUACUGUCAUCACUUCAGUUAGCAUCGACUCAAGGGAUGAAAUUAUGUGAAGUAUUAGACCAACGUCUCCCACUUCCAAAUAAUGUAAAGGUUUUACUGGACAUAAUUCGUGUUGCCGUAGUAGCAUUUGGAUGCUUAAAUCUCAACCCUUGCGCUCGACCAUCAAUGAAAAGUGUGUCACAGAGUUUUGUCAUAGAGCUUGCACCACUAAACAUUCCGUUGAGUGAAAUUUCAGUGCAGCAACUCAUGAGUCAUGAACUCAAAGCAUUAUUGCAUAUUGUGAACCCUUGAAACUGUAACAUUUGCAUAUGUGAUAAAAAAUGUUGUUGCUAAUGUAUUUCAAAUGUAUGUGUGUCUGUUUGCAAGUCUUCUGUAUUUUGAAUAAACUGUAACACGUUGAUAGUAAAAA